AUGGCAUCCGUAAGUAGUAGCAGAGAUAACAUUAAGAUUGGUGCAAUCAGAAUCACGAGGAAUGGUCUAGAAGUGGUGUGGGCUGGCUGUCCCACCACAGUGGCCGCAAGAUUGACAGUGGAUAACAAAGUUAGAAUCGGAUGGACUUGGGCCAGAGUGGAGACAUUCAGAAAACGACCACUGCAGUGCUUUAAAUGCUUGGCAAUCGGUCAUGUUAGGCAGAGAUGCCCCUCCGAGGUUGACAGGAGUGGUGCAUGCUAUAACUGCGGAAAGACAGACUACCGGGUCAACGAAUGCAGGAACAGGACGCGCUGUCCGGUUUGUUGCGAAAGAGGCCUACCAUAUUCGCAUAAAGUAGGAAGCGAACAGUGUAAACCGGUACAGCCGGUAAGGUUACCAGUCAGUGCGGUGCCAGGGAUAAUCCGUAUGCUACAUUGGGCGAAUCCCGCAAUAAUUAGGUGA